AUGCCGCCCGCACCAAAGUCGCCGUCGUCAGCCGCUAAGAAAGCCGGAGGAGGGGCGCCAAAGGCGAAAGGCGCUGUGCGCGCUAAGUCGGGAUGCUACACGUGCAGGAUUAGACGCAAGAAAUGCGACGAACAGCCUAAUGAACAAGGUUUCUGUCAAACAUGUGUACGACUGCGCCUCGAGUGUUUAGGUUUCGGUGCAAAGAGACCAGAGUGGCUCAGAGAAAGCCGCAAUGUAACAGAGUUAAGAGAAAAGAUAAAGGGCUUCCUCGCUUCCCAGGGAAUGAUCAAGGGUCACUCGGGGUCGGGUCCCCGAACAGCUGAACAAGAACCCCAAAUACUGCGCCUCAACGACGACGCCUUCCCCGCCCAACCCAUCAUCGCUCCCCAUCUAGCUUUAUCAGACCCUACCAGAGGCGACCCAAACCGAGUCCUCUUACCACCAUUUAAUAACCUUUCUGCUGUACGUGAGACAUGGGCGGUACACCCGCACCCGCCUCUUGGCUACCCAUCUGUGCCACCGCCACCCCAUGACAUGAGACCAGGAACGCCUGGAUCUCCCUACUACCACCACUCCCCAGAGAGUGCGCAAGCGCAGCCUGUGUAUACCUCGCCCUCUUUGUCGUCGAAUAGCUUAGCAUUUUAUCAACCACAACCGCCCCUCCGCUACUCGAGCAAGCAACCGUGGGGCUACAGCUCGUUUGGCCCGCACUAUCAUGGAUUAGUCCCCUUUGACGCUGAGGAAUACGAUGAAUCUCAAGUCGACCCGGCGCUUCUGGGAGUGAAUAACGGGAUGCUCUCCUACUCUAGGGAUUCGCCCGAGAUGAACCUCUCCCCGAACCCAGAGAUCGAUGCACUCGUGCAACACUACAUGUCAACAGUAGUAGGUAUCCAGUACCUCCUCGCCAACAAAUCAGACACGGCGACGAUGAUAUUCAACACGGUACAAAACAAUGCCUUCGUGCGCAAUGCCGUUCGUUUGAUGGCGUCUGUCCAUCGGCACAAACGCGUGACAGGGCCCGAGGAUAUGGCCUUGCAAAGAGUAGAAACCAACGCAUACGGGAUUUACCACGAGCUCCUGCAGCAGCUCAUGCCGUCAGGCCAGAGAAGGGGGUAUACGAGAGAAGAUGCCAUGACUGCGCUGCUCAUUAUCUCUUCCUUGCUCUUCGACGGUGGCAUGGGCGACUGGCGCGCAUGGUUACGCAUUGCCUACUUCUACGUUGAUUCCAUCUUCCAGGAAUUCAGCAACCCCGCCGACGCCCUCGCUCGUGUUUCCGACGCAAAGAUGUCGUUCAUCAUCAAAACGACGUUGUGGUUCGACGUAAUCGCUUCAGUCACUAGCCAAGAACCACCUCAUUACCUCCAUAUCAUCGACGAAUUGUUCAGCCCCGAGCAGGCUCGCAUUGAUGAAGGUUAUAGCACUGUCUCCAUGCUCGACGUUAUGGGAUGCGAUAACAACACGUUUUGGGCCAUGGCCAGGACGUCGGCAUUGUCAUGCUGGAAGCAAGAUCGAAUCACUAGAGGGUCUCUUAGUGUCCCCGAGUUGGUCACCAAAGGGACCGACAUCGAGCAAGCUUUGACGCAUGCCUAUUAUCCUACUCAACAAGCCGACGCCAAAGAUGAAGAUAUUUGCCGGAUUCGAACGUCGGAGAUAUUCCGCGCGUCUACGCUCGCAUGGCUGCAUUCCAUCAUUUCGGGUGAUCGUCCAAACGUUCCAGAAGUAUCGAACGCUGUGCAAACGACCCUCAAAUGUCUGACGAACAUCCCAUCUACUACCCCGCGCGAACAACGCCUCGAAAGAUCAAUCGUACGCAGCACGGUGUUCAGUAUCUUCGUAUGCGGGGUGUUUGCCACGAAGCGUCAGGACAGGGACAUUUUGCUUUGCCAUCUAGCGAAGCAGAGCGCGGAUAAUGUGGGGAACUGCACUGCCAUCUCUGGGUUGAUGGCGAGCAUUUGGGAACAAUACGACCGGGAUGGGAGGAGGUCAGUCAGGUGGAGGGAGCCCUUGAAGGCUUCGGGGAUUCUGUUGGUUUGA